AUGGAUUUCAUUCUUUCUUUGACGCAUUUCUGCGAGGUGCAUGGUCCCACCUCGAUCAUCUGCUCGCAGGUCCUGCCUUUCUCCUGCUCUCAAUGCUACCCCGAUAAAUCCGAUUUCUCUCCCGAAGAUACCCCUGCUACUUCUCACGACACCGUCUUCUCCCGGGAACUGCACGAUCACCCCGCUGGUGUCAAGGGCCCCCUGUCGCCCAAACAACCCGAAAAGCCUCUCGAUGGUGCCAACUGCUCCAAGAUCGAGGAUCACCCGUACUUUCUCAAAGCCAACAAUGCCCCCGCCGAUGUCGAGAAACCGAGUCGCGUGGGCGGCACCGAUGGCGAUACCUGCGCAAGCUGUAGCUUGACUUUACCUGACGAUUUGAAUAAACAACUUUCUUCUGGCCCUCCCGAUGGAAAAUGGAAAAAUGGCAGCCCCGUCUUGCGAUCCAGGGAGAUGGUCUACUCUUGCGGAAAUAGUCAUUCGGACACCGAUGACAGCGCACACGAUUCGCACCUUCACGCUUCCCUUCCUGAUUCCCUCCAUUCGUCCUCCGUCGCCUCGGACGCUUCAUGCCAUACGCACAUUCUUACCUAUCUCUCUCUCCGCGGCCCUCCCAACCCUGCGGACUACGCCCUUCUCCGCCGCUCCUCUAUCCGAACCUUGAGUUGCGAGCUGCUUCCUCGUGGUCUUUCUUCCGGCCCUUUGUGUUUUGGUGACUCCGCCGCUGGCUACACAGUCGCCUAUAUAUUCCGCCUGCCGGAUCCCAUGGCCCGUGGCAAACGGCGCAGUUACGCUCUCGUGGCCCUGGCUGGAAAAGAUGCCGGAAAAGCAUUCCGCGCCUGCCCAGCCAUCUGGCGUGCCUUUGGUCGCAUUGCUGCAGGCAUUGUCAACUCGGCCGAGAAAUUCCAGGAAGAAGAAAAGCGGCGCGAAGAGCAAACCAGCGGCGCGAAUAAGGCUGGCAACCGGGAAUACACACCCGUAUCUUCUUUUCUUACGGGCCGGAAAGCCGACCCUGCUGGCCAAGCCCGUCGACCUGGUCAGAUCCGGGCGAGAAACCUAGCGGAAAUCGUCGGCAAUCCGUACAUUUUUACUGAAAUACACGCCCAUUUUGUGGCCCUUUUGCAACAGCUGGGCUCGAUGUUUGGCGGCAUCCCCGUCUCCGAGGAACAGUUUGUUUGCAGUACCGUGCGAGAUGAAGACGAUGCCUCGGCACGACGAGCGUCACUAGUGGCGCAUGGAAGGAAAGACUCCAAGCAGCACCCUUCCCAGAAAUACGACGGCAAUGACCUCGGGCUAUCCAAUUUAGAUAUAUCCUCGGGUCCGAAACCCAUUCCGAUAGCGCCACGCCGGUCGGUCAUUGCAUAG